AAUGAUGACGAAGGCUCAGGGCUCCCAUUGGAUCAAUUCAAGGAUCAAGCAGAUAGAGCGAAAAGUGUUGAAAAGGAACUCAUUCCAGCACCGACACCGCCCGCACCACUUCCGAUGGAUCUGGCUCAAAAGCUCCACGGUAAGUAGUCGCCAGAAAUCUGAGAUUUUGGAGAUUUUUAGAGACUUUAGAGAUUAG